AUGAUAUUAGGAGGAGCACUAGUCUGUGGAUCGGUAUUAGGCAAGAGUUUCAUUAAUUUAUACAGAUCAGUUAAAUUACGAAACGCAUUUGUCAAUCAAUUCGCUCUAGGUAAACAUUAUAGAGGGGGAUUUCAGGGUACAAUGAAUAGGCGUGAAGCUCAACUUAUUUUGGGAGUAAGUGAAUUAUCAUCCGAGGCAAAAAUACUUGCAGCUCAUAAAAAAUUGAUGGUGUUAAAUCAUCCAGAUAAUGGAGGAUCGACCUAUAUAGCAGCAAAAGUAAAUGAGGCUAAGGAUCUCUUAGUAGUAGGAAAAGGAAGCAGUAGAUGA